GCGCGGGGAUCCCUGGCGCGGCAUCGGGUUGCGGGAUUCUUGGCGUGGGGCGGGGCGCGGGGAUCCCGGGCGCGAGUCUCGUCCCCCUUCCCCACCCCCAGCCCCGCGGCUCCGCGGCGGUCGUUGCCCUGGGGAGCGCGCAGCCGGCCGGCCCGACUCGCAGUCCUGAGUCAGGGGCCUUUGCUGCCCAGGCCGCUCAGGGUCGCCCGCUCUCGAGGCGGCGUCUGCGGGCCGAGCGAUGGUGGUGGGCUCUCAGGUACUUGCCGAGGAUUCCAGACCGUCAGGGCUCCCAGCCAUGCAGCAGCUGGCUGUGCUCCAGCUGGACCACCCCAGCCCCAGGGGGAGCUGCUGCCCUUUCUCUCCUCCGCAGCGCGCCCAGCGACGGCUGACCACGCAUCCCUGACGCUGGACGUCGCCAGCAGCCCCAGGAGGAGCUGUCUCCCGGCUCGGCCAGGCUGCCGCCGGUGUGAGGGCUGGCCCCUGGACUGUGCCGUCCAAGUUGGCGAGCCUGGGGCACUCGGAGGCCGCCCAGCAGCCCACCGCCCAGGGGCAUCUGCAGCCUGAAGUCAGAAUGCUCAAGGGGCGGCUUGCAAACACUGACGAAGACCUCGCCGCCCGCCCGGGGUCCCCGGCCGCUGACGACCGUCGGGGACCCGAGAAGAGCCCAGUGCUCCCCCUGGACACCCCGGCGCAAGUCGGCAGCGAGGACCCACAGGCCAGGGGGGGACCCUUCAGUCCGAAGCCGCCGCCGCCAAGGCCCAGGCUGGAGCGAGCAUUGUCCCUGGAUGAGAAGGGCUGGAGGAAGAGGCGUUUUCGAACCAGCCGUGAGGACCUGGCCGCGAGGAAUGGGGCCAGCCCCUCCGGAGGCUCCCUGCAGGACGAGGCCCCCGGGCCUGCUGCCCGCAGUGGCUCCCCGCCCUGCCUGAGCAGCUCCCUGCAGGAGAUCCCCACAACCCGCAGGGCCCCGGGCAGUGGAGGCCCCUCCUCGCGGGGUAACUGUCUUUCCGGAAUGCUCAGCACUUCCCUGGACCUCCUGCACCGGGAUGGGGCCUCGGCCGGGAGCAGCCCCCGGCUGGCCAGCCUGCUUCCCCCACGCCCACUGCCCGCCAUGGACUGGAACGUCACCUCCGAUGCCCUGCGGACAGCAAACAAGGUGGACUGGGAUCACGCGGAAUACCAGCUGCGGUGGCAGGCCAGACCAUUCCGGGCCCACAGCGGCCUGGGCCCCGGCCGGCCCCCGAGCCCCCUGGCCCGUGACGACUGCUCCCUGCACUCGGCCAGGUCCACCUUCAGCCUCCUGGCGCCCAUCCGCACCAAGGACGUCCGCAGCAGGAGCUACCUGGAGGGGAGUCUCCUGGCGAGCGGGGCCCUGAUGGGGGCAGACGAGCUGGCCCGCUACUUCCCAGACCGGCACGUGGCCCUCUUCGUGGCCACGUGGAACAUGCAGGGACAGAAGGAGCUGCCCCCGAACCUGGACGAGCUCCUGCUGCCGGCCGAGGCUGACUUCGCUCAGGACCUGUACGUCGUCGGGGUCCAGGAGGGCUGCUCGGACAGGCGGGAGUGGGAGACGAGGCUGCAGGAGACGCUGGGCCCCCACUACGUCAUGCUGUACUCGGCAGCCCACGGGGCGCUCUACAUGUCUGUGCUCAUCCGCAGGGACCUCAUCUGGUUCUGCUCAGAGGUGGAGAGCUCCACGGUGACCACGCGCAUCGUGUCGCAGAUCAAGACCAAGGGGGCCCUGGGCGUCAGCUUCACCUUUUUCGGCACCUCCCUCCUCUUCAUCACGUCCCACUUCACCUCUGGAGACGGGAAGGUGGGCGAGCGGCUGCUGGACUACAGCAAGACCGUCCAGGGCCUGGCGCUGCCCAAGAACGUGCCGGACACCAGCCCCUACCGCUCCGACGCUGCGGACGUCACCACCCGCUUCGACGGGGUCUUCUGGUUCGGAGACUUCAACUUCCGCCUGAGUGGCGGGCGGGCGGCCGUGGAAGCCAUCCUGAAGCAGGACCUGGGCGCCAGCGUGCAGGCCCUGCUGCAGCACGACCAGCUUACGCGGGAGAUGAAGAGAGGGUCCAUCUUCAAGGGCUUCCAGGAGCCGGACAUCCACUUCCUGCCGUCGUACAAGUUUGACAUCGGGAAGGACUCGUACGAUACCACCUCCAAGCAGAGGACCCCUUCGUACACGGACCGCGUCAUGUACAGGAGCCGCCACAGGGACGACAUCUGUCCCGUCAAGUACUCCUCCUGCCCCGGGAUCAGGACGUCCGACCACCGCCCCGUGUACGGCCUAUUCCGGGUCAGAGUGAGGCCGGGGAGAGACAACAUCCCGCUAGCUGCCGGGAAGUUUGACCGAGAACUGUACCUGAUAGGAAUUAAGAGACGGAUUUCCAGAGAGAUCCAGAGACAGCAGGCGCUGAAGAGCCAGCCCUCCAGCGCCAUCUGUACCGUCUCUUGAGGAAAGUUGCCGAAGGAGGACUGGUCACCUGCAACCCGGGAGGGUGUCUGGCCCAGGAACCUGGGAAGACGGAGGAGAAUGCCGUCUGGGACGCUGAGGAACCGCUGCUGGGGGCUGCCCCCUCCUCCGCGAGAGCCCGACGGGAGGCCCCAGGUCCGGCGCCCGCCGCUAGGACAGAACCGCACGCCCCCACGGCGCUUCCGUCUCUCAGGGCAGCCUCCCCCCACCGCGGCCGCUGUCGGUGGGAGACGCCGGGCUGGCCGUGAGCAGCUCGCGUGCCCUGAAGCCAGCGGCAGAGCCCGCGCGCGGGCCAGGCGCCCUGACCUCCUUUGUUAUGUCUGCACGUCCGGGUCUGCGGCCUCCCAGCAGCCCCUCAAACCCAGACCCAGAGCUGCCCUUCCUUGUCUGAGCGCCAGGCACGCCGCCGGGGGCCCGGUGACCCUGGGCCUCUGUUCCCACGGCACACGCUAGGACCGAGCUGAGGCUGGGAUGAGGUCGGCCGGCCGGCGGCUCAGGCCCACGAGACCGCCUCCCUCUCCUCUCCCGGUCCAUUUGGGUCCAUUUGCUUAGGUAACCUUAGCUACACGUUAAGUGGUACGUUUCCUGGUCUGAGAGGCUGCUGGAGGCUUGGAAUGUCACACCUUGCCAGCCUAGGCCGGCCCCCACCAGCCUGGAUGUCUUGUUUUCUUAAAGGGUUUAGAGUCCGUUAUUGCUUUGUGUCUUAAUCCGUCUCGUAAAAAAAAAAAAAAUUUAGGCUUUGAAUGUGGGGAAAUCUCGGGGCAUUCAAUCUAGUCUUUUAUUUAUUUUUCCAUAUUUAUAUUUUUAAAUAAAUGCAUCUAUUGAAUCUUAAA